GUACAGUCUCUCCAAUAUCGCAAUACUGAUUACUAGUAUGGACUAGCUCUAAAUGUGCAAAAAGCCAUGAAUGCAUCAAGCCAAACCAAAAUUUUCCAGUAAAGUUACUCAGAGCUUGUCAGCAUGGCUAGUUUGUUAGAUCUUUGUGAACAAUAUUUUGGCGCGCGUAAUUUUUAUGAUGUCUUAAAAAUACAAAAAACUGCAACGGAUAAGCAAGUCAAGAAAGCUUAUCACAAACUAUCACUACUUGUACAUCCCGAUCGAGUUGAAGAGAAUAUCAAAGCUGAAGCAACUGAAAAAUUUAAAGUUCUUGGUAGGAUACAUUCAAUUCUCAGUGACAAUGAAAAACGCAAAAUUUAUGAUGAAUCCGGUCAUUAUGACGAGGAAAGCGAAGAAGUUAUAAUGCGCAAUUGGGCAGACUAUUGGAGAUCUUUAUUUAAAGCAAUUACAGUUGAAGAUAUCAAUAAUUAUGAGAAGAAUUACAAAGGUUCUGAAACAGAAAUCAAAGAUCUUAAGAGAGCAUAUAUAGACAGUAAAGGAGAUAUGGAUUAUAUAUUGGAAGCUGUUCCAUUUACCAAUUGUGAUGAAGAACCAAGAUUACAUGCUAUAAUUAAAAAUUUAAUCAAGAAAGGUGAAGUUCCAGAAUAUAAAGCCUUUACCAAUGAAAAUAACAAGAAAAAACAACGUAGAAAAAGAAAGUGGGCCAAAGAAGCGGCAGAAGCUGAACGUUUGGAAAAGAUGUUGAAGAUCGAAAACGAAGAAAAUGCAGCUGCUGAUCUCGCGUUAGUAAUUCAGAAUCGUAAUAAGGCUCGUGCUAGUCAAUCCGAGAGUUUCUUCGACUCGUUGAUCGAUAAAUACACAAAAAAGGCUGAGAAACCAGCAAGAAAAAAGGCUUCCCCUAUGAAAACCACAAAAAAAUUAAAAAAGAUUACAUAAAGUAGUUAUAUCAAAACUGCACACUUGUUUUGUUUUCAACUUGUAUUCAACUAACUAUUUUAACUUAUAACUCUUAUCAUUUGUAUUGAAACACAAACUCAUUGUAGAUCUAAUGAAUGACUGUGUUUAUAUUUUUUGUAAGUCUACUUUUUCAAAAUCUCAUCAAAUUAAAUUUGUGUAUGAUUCAAUGGCAGUUAAUAAUUAACUAAAUGUAAUUCAAACCACAUCCUUGUAUUACAUCGAAAUAUUUCAUUAAAUGUACUCAAUAGAAUAGAUAUAAAAUUGUAUGUGUAUACUUUGUAUAAAAAAAAAAAAAACAAACAACAUUAAUAUAAAUUUUAUAAUAAUAGCAUUUUGGAAAUUUCAAAAGUA